AUGUUAAAAAGUCUAAAGAUUUUCCAAAGAAAAUAUCACCUUGCUGAACUAUUGGCCAAAGUUACCUGCUGUAUAUUGUUGAUAUAUUCCAUACUACCACAUCGAUUUGCUUCCCAUUAUGAUUACUUGAGUCCCGAAGAAAUACCCAACGCCCUGGUAUCGCAGGUGACAACAAAUAUCUCGCAACAACACAUGGAGGAGUGUAGCUAUGAGGAAAUUAUCGAAGAGAAUCGUUUCAUGUACACACCCCAGUACAGUGAUGAGGUGGUGAAGCCGGAAGAAAUCUUGCCGGGUGGUGAAUAUUUUCCAGAAGACUGUCGCGCCAAGUAUAGCUCAGCUAUAAUAGUGCCUUAUAGGCAGCGAGAGCAGCAAUUGCAUAAAUUUCUCUCGUACAUGCAUAACUAUUUGCGGUUGCAAAAGGUCCACUAUCGGAUCUUUCUGGUGGAGCAGUACGACCAAAAGCCCUUCAACCGGGCGAAGUUGUUUAAUAUUGGCUCAAUGAUAGCAGCGGAAUUUGAAUUUCCAUGUUUGAUAUUGCAUGAUGUGGAUCUGAUGCCGCUGAAUUUGGGUAGCCUCUACGCCUGUACCGAGCUGCCAAGGCAUAUGUGUGCCGCAUUGGAUAUGUGGCGUUUCCAUUUACCCUACCGUGGCCUGUUUGGUGGUGUUGUAGCCAUACGAACACAACAAUUCCGCACUAUCAACGGUAUGUCGAAUAUGUACGAAGGUUGGGGUGGUGAAGAUGAUGAUUUGUUUGAGCGGCUAAAAUCUCGGAAUAUUGAUAUAUGCCGUUUUGCACCACAUCUCAAUGAAUACACAAUGCUACGACAUAAACCUGAAAAGAAGAAUGAAAAUCGUGUAACAUUGCUGAGAUCGGGAGCGCUGCGUUACAAUACGGAUGGUCUCAACUCGUUGGUGUACACGGAGAAAGAUCGUCGUAUUCAUAGUUUAUUUACACAUAUUUUGGUGCAGACAUAA